GACGUCACGCGCGGCAAGAAGUGACAACAGAUGAGCAGGCGAGAAACGUCUGCUGCGGAGUUGGGCAACAAACAAAUGGCCGGGCAGUGGGAACGGGUGCCGAGCGUCGUCCUGCACGAAAUCUACCUGCUGCUGCCCACCGAGGACCAACUGCGGGCGUCGUCGACAUGCCGACACUGGCGUCACGUCUUCUACCAGUCGUUCGCGCCCUCCAAGGUCACCUUCAGGGUGCGCGCGGGCGACCUGAAUAGCUGCGAACGCAGCUUGUUCCUGGCCAGCUGUUGGGGCAACAAAUUGCGCCACGCCGUCGUCGAGUUCGAGUCGACGGACGCCGGCGCCGCCGACACGCUCGCCGACCUUUUGCUCCUGCUCGCCGACAACUGCCACCUCCGCUCGCUGCUCCUCCGCCCCUCGCACUGCCUCCUCCAGAUGCCCCCGCACCCUGCCUUCCUCGACAGAAAAAUAAUGGAGCCCCUCCGAGGCAUAAUUGAGAAGAGCAAGCGCCUCGAGUCCAUCGACCUGGGCGGCUUGGAAGACCUGGCGCCGUACCUGAGCGAACUGGUGCGCCUCCUGAGCUUCUUCCAGGGCAAACACCUGCAGAGUCUGCACGCCAGCACCCUCAAGGCCAGUCCGCAGGACUACGAGAUUUUCGACCUGGACCCAGGUCUCUUCGCCAGGUUGACCGCCCUGACCGAACUCAGCCUUGACUUUGACUACCUGACCGACCGACUGCUGCAGACCCUGUCAGGUCAGGGUAGAGACCUCAGGGUGCUCUCCGUAAACGUCCACGGCAUCGACGAGGACUAUUUGCCGCCUUCCAAUCAAACUUGGACAGCGUUCAGCAAGCAAAACUCAAACUGUGAACUUCGGCUGUGCUUGUUGUUCUCUAGUGAAGCUGUGGAUUUUUUGUCUGCGGGUCUCUUGCAACCUUCGAUGCCUCUGGCGCAGCUCAAGGUGCUUUUCUGUGAGAAAUUGAAUGUUGAGGCUCUGCAUCUGUUGUACGACUGGUUCUCGUCCCGAUUGAAUUGCCUCUGGUGGGUGGACAUUGCCGACGAAAACUCCUCCUUGGACGCUCUGGACCUCUCCCUUGGACAGCCGCAUCCUCUAGUGAUGGUCGCCUGGCGCUGCCUCCACUUGCGUGAGCUGGUUGUCAUAGGCUAUGACCAGUUGGACGACAACAUUAUCGCCAUCUCUAGAUUGAGGGGUCCGCUUCUGAAACGCCUAGACAUUCCUGAGAGCAACAUUUUCUUUGAAGAAAUUCCAGUUGACUCUGCAAAGGAUGCUAAAGCUAAGCUGAUGGACGAAGUGAGUGACUCGCUGCAGCGGACGUGGGCGCCGCUCUCGGCCAAAGACCUGCCGCCGGCCCUCGUCAAUCCAACCCUGGAAAGUGCCAUCGAGUUUGCUUUGGCCUCCGUGCAGUAACAACCUCGAACCUCCCGUCUAAGAAUCCCCAUUUCCGAUCGGGCCGUUAGUUAAUUUGCGAGUCCGCUUUACCGAAUCGAGCCAAAUUAUUUUUCUAAGAGCAUCUUUUAAGUAAGUUUAACAAAACGAGAGCAACGGUCGGAGAGAUUUUAGUCGCGCUUAAGCAAUUUGCCAACAACUCUCGAAAAAUAUUUAACAAAAUAUUGUGAAGAAAAACAACAUCAGCUGUGAUAUCCGAGGCUCUCCCGACGACGACUUAACACUCGCUGCUCAGAUAAAGCGAAAAGUCUAUAGUUUUGUAACGCGAGAGAGAGCUGAAAAAGAGACUGCGACCACCGAGCGAAAUAAUAAUCUACAAACAAAAUCGCCCUGACUUGCCAACUUAGUCACACUUGAAAGAAUCAAAGGUACUUAGCGAGCCGAUCGAUCCGUUUACAACGAAAGCUCGCCGGUCCUUGCACCUGCCGAAUUCAGGGCGCUCUAGGCUAAAUAAUAGAGGGGUUGGUCUUGCCGCUGAGAGACGGUACAUGAAAGAGUCAAUGAGGAAAAAAAAAUACCGUGUUGCCAGCGCGCACACUAAACCCGGCUGGAAACCAACCAGUUUUCACAGACAUUCCAGGUGAGGAAAAAAAAUCAGUCAUGUUACACAAAAAAAAAAAAAAAUAGCUCACACUUAUUUUAUUGAAAUGUGCAGCAAAACUAAAAUCGGGUUUUAAAAAAAGGACCACGAAAAUAGCAAAAGCUCAAGUUUUGUUUCAUUAAUCUGUUUGGUGUUUCUAAAAAAAUCUUGAAAAUCAACAAAUAUUUUCCAAACCAAACAGAAUUAAACAAUAUUUGAGACUUUUGUGAUUUUAGGCCUUUAAUACUGCAAAGGGAGAAAUAGUUAUUUAUGCUUGAGUGAAAAUCUGGAAUUUAGCACAAAUCGAAACAGAUCUUUUCUAUUUUACGAGAAACUCGAGCAGAAAACUUGUGAUGAAUACCUUAAUAAGUCUCGUCGAAGGCAAAUUUCGAGACGCACGCGCUUGUUCCUAUCCUACCGAAGGAAUCGAAAAACACUAGAGCGAACAUAUAAUUAUUAUAGAGGGACUGAAGAAACCAAACGAAAACGAGCCAUUCAUUCCUGUUGCGCUGGCCAAGAUGCACAACAACAACUGACCGACGAAUCGCCAGUCUCAGUUUUGUUACUGCUAAUUUUACACUGUUUAUGGGUUUUUUAAUCGAUCGCCUAAUUUUACGAUGAGAGCGGCGGCGGCGGCGGCCGGAUCGUCUCCGAGGCUUUUCCUUCGCAGCCUCACAUUCCAUCUACCUACUAUGUCAACCGCACUCUGUGAUAUCGCCACUUUUAAUAACACACACACAUUAAGACUGGAGGCGAUCCCGAGCCGAAACAAAAGCCGCCGACACUUUUAGGUUUUAAUUGUUUUAAAUGCUAAUUAUAUAAUGAUCCGUGUAAUUGCGCCGACUGAAGAGGAGCGAGAGUGAAAAACCCCGACUGAGAUUUUACUUUUGCGCGCGUGAGAUGGAUUCGAACAGCAGGAAAAUAUAUAGUUGAAUAUAGUCCCUUGACACAAAAUGCAAAAGUGUGAUAAGACCAAAAACGUUUGUUAUGAUUUCUUGAUUGCGAAAAAAUCGACUAUUUUUUAAUCGGAGCCAAUUUUUGAAAAUCUCGAAAAGAUACAAAAACAUGAGUAUUUAUAUAAAUUAGCUAGAAAGAUUGCGAGCAAAAUUCUGCAUGACAUUGAUGAUUUUAUAGAGUUUAAAUUUUGUGACCACCGGAAAGGUGAAAUAUGUUGAUAUGAGAGACGGCGUAUUUUAAUGAAAAAUCAUUCUGGCAGUACCUCAGAAUAUAUUAUAAAGAUAUACCUUAGUUAUCUUUGGAUUGUUUCACAUUGAGAGGGGAUUUUAAUGUAAUUUAAACAAAUGUACGGCUAGAUUGAAAAUCUCUGAAAAGCGUCACAUUCUAACAAACUAAAGCUGGAAAACAAAAUCAAUAAAAAAAAGAUGCAUCCAUCUUUCAACUCAGAAACCUCUACCAAAUUUCAACGGAAAUAACAGAAUUUACAAUGUGCUAGGCGUGCAUAGAAAUAUAAAAUACCGAUAUAUUAUAAAAAAAAAUUAUCAUAAAAAUGAAAAUAAUGUAGCUGAGAAAUAAGAAAACCUAGCUGAGAAAUCAGUAGUCACAGAUCUAAAAGAAUCAUGAAAGCAGUUAUUAUCAAAUAAAUAUGUAUGAGAAAGUGUAUUUCUAGAAAAGAUUUUUACCCGCCCUUGUCUGCGGGAAAGAUCAGGCGCUGUUUUGGGAUUGAGACCAAAUUAUUAUUUGGUUGCAAAUUAUACGUUAAAAGUUGUAGUAUUAGUGUUGAAAAAAAAAAUUAAAGUUUUCAUAUCGAAAAACUCCUGCAAAAGAAAAAAAGUAUUGUAAAACUGUAAGUGAUGAUAUAAUACAGAAAAAGAAUCUGUUUUUCAGUUUUCGGAUCCUAUGGGAGUAAACACAAAAUGUAUUAUUAUAUUAUUAUUAUUAUGCGAAAUAAAAUUGUUCUCAACGAUACAUGAAAUGAA